AUGUUCCGCCUCCAACCCACCCGCUCACUGGCACGCUCUGCGCGCAUCCAAUUCGUCCAGCCACGCUUCCUCAGCACUUCACGUCCGCUAUUCGCCCGAAAGAGCGCCGAAGACAAAGAUUCGAUCAACACGAGCUCAAAUGAGUACUCUAAGUCUGGAUCCGACGACGCGGCCGCACACACCGACGCCGCCUUCAACCCUAAUCAAACUUCACCCGAAGCUGCAGAGGCCAGCGCCGAGAAGGAGUCAGGAGAUGCCAACAACAGUUUGAACGUGAGCCCGGGCAACCACGAGGUCAGCCAUGCGAAUGACCCGGAGAUUGGAGGAGCCAGCCAAGGAACGAAUGAUAAGCCCAGUGGCUCGGGUAGCCCAAAUAAGCAGGGCGGUGGAAGUAGUGGGGGUGGAAGUCACAACUAG